CCCGACCUCUGCAAGGACUACAGGGAGACCGGCUUCUGCGGCUUCGGGGACAGCUGCAAGUUCCUCCACGACCGCUCCGACUACAAGCACGGGUGGCAGAUCGAACGUGAGCUUGACGAGGGCCGCUACGGGGUGGACCAGGACGGAGACCACGAGGUGGGAAGCGGCGAGGAGGAGACACCACUCAAGUGUUUCAUCUGUCGCCGCGCCUUCCAAAACCCGGUCGUCACCAAGUGCAGGCAUUAUUUCUGCCAGAGCUGUGCGCUGCAGCAUUUCCGAUCCUCCCCGCGUUGCUAUGUCUGUGACAAGCAGACCCACGGCAUCUUCAACCCAGCGAAAGAACUGGCUGCUGCGCUGGAGAAGCAGCGGGCCACAGCAGAGGGUGGCGCGGCCGACGUCCCCGAAGGCCCCGAUGAAGGUCCAACUCCCACUUCUUAG